UAUUAAUAUAUCUAACUUAGUAUAAGUCUAUUUGGAUACCUCGGUGUGCAUGACAAUGUGUGGCGACACAUCCUUGUAACACUUUAUUAUCAACAAUAUCAUAAAUCCGUCAGAUGAGGUGACUCUAUAGUCAUACGACAUCUUAGGCUCCAGUGAACUGCUUACAAUUUUUAUCUCCUGCUUAUCACUCAACAACUUUCUAGUUUUUAUUCCACCCGAUAGUCAAAUGUCAAGUAAAACUGAUGUAUACUGCAACAAAAUCAGUGGAGCUGUUUUGCUUUUUACCAUUCUAAGUUUCUCUGAAUCUGCCAGUUCCAACACAAGACUUCUCUCUGACGCCAUUAGAGUGAGUCCCUCUAACCAUAUUGCAAAAGUGGGUUCAAGCUUCACUUUCAGUUGCAUCAUAAGAUUGUCUCUGUACACCAUAACCGACCUAGACUACAAGAUUAGGUGGAAUGUGCGUUUUGCAAACAGUACAAACUACCUCUUAGAAGAAAACGUCAACAAUUCGUUCUACAUUCAACCAGAUGAUACGCAGUUUGGUCUUGAUAACGUGACCGUGAAGCUGGAUAUCAAGAAUGUGUCAGAAAAUGUGUUUGGUUGGUAUUCUUGUCGUUUUCAUCCUCUAUUACCAGGAAAACAGACACUGACUAGCAGGGAAGUGCGACUUCAAGGAGAAGUUUUACUGAGCAAUGCUUCUGUCUCAAACAAAUUCACAUUCAACGUUUCUGAUAACUCAACUCUAGAUUCUACGACGAGGAAAUUCAUGGCAAACAACUCUACUGUGACAAGACGGUGCUAUCAAACUUGCAAUAUGUUAGAAAAGGAUAGAAAUGUAUCCCUGCAAGAGAUUGGAGAGAUACAUGUAUCAUGCUUGCUGGAAGUUCGGGGUAGAGGAAACAAUAGAAUAAGGAUCUCAUCUUUCAACGACGCGCCGUCUGCUCCAAGUAAACCUCGAGCUGUUGAACUAGCACUCAACAACACAAUAAUUUUGUUGUGGUGGCAGCCUGGUGCUAAAACUAUCUCAUCUACAAUAAAUAGGUAUCAACUAGAACAUCGACACAGUACGCAGACCAAGUGGCAGUUGACAAAAGAUUUUCCACUAGAGCUCUCUUUCUGCUUUCUCUCAUUACAAGUAGGCAUUUCGUACUGGUUUCGAGUCAAGGCUCUCAGCCAGACCGGAAGUUCGAAUUGGAGUGAAACAUCAGACAGAAUUUACAUGACUAAAUCAAAUGGUUGUCAUCAGCUACCCAAAGACGACUGUUCUCUGAAAGACCAAACAGGUGAUGACAUUACAAUCGUAUCAGUUGCAGCAGUAGCAGCAGGACUUGGAUCGUACCUAUUUGGUUUCAUCAUCACAUGGAUUUGUUGUCGCAUGUGUUUCUCAAAUGGUUCUAAGAAAGUCGACUCGGACAACACUAUAGACAUGUAUGUUCCCGAUGAGCCCGACUACGAAAUUGUAGAAGACACGUUGAGUCCGGCAGCUGACAGGCUCACUUCUCAAACAUCAUUUUCACGACUCUGUGACCUAAAACUGAAAGAUUCGGUUGCUUACGGUAUUGGAAACAGUACAAGUGCAACAACUUCCUGAUUAUGGCCUAGAGUCAGUAAUGGUUGUGCUGCAUGCAAGCUGCUAGAUAAAAAGAAUUAAUAGCGUGCUAUUUUGCUUCGUAGAUAUAGGCAGUUUAUACGUGUCUAAGCUAGCCAGCUGGUCAUAUUUCCCCCUACGAGAAGCUAGGAAACAAACUCAGUUUAAUAAUUAACUUGGACUCACCAUAUAUGACAUUAU